AUGGAACUGGAUUUCGACAACGCUGAACGUCGCUGCGAAAUCGCAGAAGCUGCCAGAUCUCUGAUCUCUGAUUUCGUAGCCUUGAAUUUCUGUGGGAACCAAAAGAUGGAUGACCUGUCGCCGAGUCAAAAUUCGAACACACCGCAGAAUAGAAACGGCCACAUGUACUUCAUAACUCCGUCGAACGUUCCGGUCAUCCGGAAAAUGUCUGCCCUAAGUCAUCAGGUGAACAUGAACAACUUCCUAUCGUUGUUGGUAGGUGCCUCGCUGGUGGCGGCCAAUUCGUCCCCCAGCCACCACGAUCUAACUUCGUUUUCGCAGCCAACGGAGUUCUCGAAUGGGGUGUCUUCCUUUGCGUUGCCAGCGGAAGACCGCAUGGCAUUCGACAGCUACACGCUGGCCUUUCUCAACUACAGUUACGAGGACACCAACAAAGUGCUCAUCCAGGAAGGUGACUUGAUUGGAAAGUACGGCGAAGGCCGUAUCCUGAAUCGAACCGGUCUGCUGGUGCACGUUACUAAGUCAGACAACGAGGACGACCAUACCGGAUGCACUAAAGACUGGAAUGGUACCGGGGGAGAACCACUGCCACCGCUCGGCGUGCAAUGGAUUGCACUGAUCAAACGGGGCAGCUGCAACUUCGAGGAGAAGGUGAAGCACGCCUACACCCACGGAGCGGCCGGUGUUAUUAUCUACAACGAUAAGGACGAUCCGCGGUUGGAUAAAAUGAAGAUUAACGACAAAGAACGCAACAUAACGGCCGUAUUCACUACCAAAGCUAAGGGCCAUGAGUUGAUAGACAUCAUGGAGCGGCAGAAGUACGAUGUAACUAUGUCGAUCAUCGAAGGCAGCCGUCACUAUCGAUCACUAGCCAAUAUCAACAGAACGUCGGUGCUGUUCGUGUCCAUCUCGUUCAUCGUGCUGAUGAUCAUCUCGCUGGUCUGGCUGGUGUUCUACUAUGUGCAGCGGUUCCGAUAUUUGCAGACCAAAGAUAAACAAUCGAGGCGACUAUGUAACGUGGCGAAACGCAUCAUUGGUAAAAUUCCUACCAAAAGUAUUAAAUCGGAUGAUAAGGAAAUCGACAACGAUUGCUGCGCCAUCUGUAUUGAACCCUACAAGGUAACCGAUGUGAUACGCGUUCUUCCCUGCAAACACGAAUUCCACAAAAUUUGCAUAGAUCCGUGGCUGCUGGAGCACCGGACCUGUCCGAUGUGCAAGAUGGACAUCCUGAAGCACUAUGGCUUUGUGUUUACCGGCAGUCAGGAGAGUAUACUGCAGCUAGAUAUGGACAUGGAAGAGGGUGAUCUGAUUGACGAUCACAGCAGCACCGACGGAGGUGGCUACCAGCGUCGUCACAGCGUUAGUCCUCUACCACAAAUUAGGGCCUCCAACGAGCAUCAACUCUCCCGUAGUUCUUCUGAGUCCGACCUGGAUCGUGAGCAUCGUCGAGCCAGGGGCUCGACCAGUCUACAGCAUUCCAAUAGGCAGUCGCUCAGACAAGACAGUGUGGAAGAAGUUAUUGUUGAUGGUGCUUCCGGAUGUGCUACCGUGACUGAUAAGCCUGAUAAAAACGACAUCUGUGUGGGCUGUUUAGCUGCUGCGUUAAACAAGAAGCAGCGCAAUAUUGAUGGAACCUUCUCGCAGGACGAUGCCGACAGUGAUAGCUAUCCUUCCGAACAGCACGGAUCCUCCAGUCUUCCUGCCACACUCAAGAAGUACAAGGGCAACCACUCCACCGGAUCGUGCCGAGGAAUGAACCCACCAGAUCACUACCAUCAGUAUCCGCCACAGCAGCAGCAAAGUCAGCAAUCGAAGCUUCCGUUUAAAUUUUACAAAACCGAAGGUGGUCAGGUUCGGAAGAGCCGCACCCCGCUCAAGAACCUAAUGUCGCAGUCCAAAUCAGCACCUUGCGAUGAUGGUUCCCUUACGGAUAUCAAUUUGGGUUGCGGCGAGCAAACCGAUCCCUCGGAGGUUGCACCAUCAGUGCCGGGAAUAAACCGGGAGCCGAAGUCGGCCCGCCGGUGCUCGCUGUCGCGAACUUCGUCCAGUGGUUCGGAGUCACGAAAUAAUUUUGCUCACUAUCAACACCAGUUGCAGCCACCACCACACCAGCAGCAAUCGUCGGCAUCGGAUCCGGACCCGGAUGAUGACGGUUCGGACGAGACGGAACCGAACAGUGACAACGAUUUGAUUGCGAAAAGCAGAGAUGGCAACGAUGCUGCCGAUGGCAAGAAAAAGUAAUAACAGUGAUAUUAGGAUAAUUGAUAGAAUGGGGAGGGAUGAAACGAUUUUUUUUUCAGUCAAUGUUUUUUCUCGUAAUCCCGUUCUUCUUGAUGAUUAUUAUAGAAUGAACAGAACAUCAGAUCACAGAUUCCACAGUUCCGUAGUAUUUUUGUAGCUAUUAAGAUUCUAACUGAUAGAGUUGUAAAGUCAAUAUACGUGAUAACGAGUAGAAAACGAUAAGGGCGACGCAUUUCCGCCGUAGACCGCUGUAGUUUCAACUAUGGCUUUGAGUUGCUACGGACAAGUCUUACAAUUGGGUUUGUUGUAACUUUCACAAUACUUACUCUCUUAAACGAUGCCCCUGAGGCAGUACUUAUAGAAGAUUUCUAUAGAUUAGAUCGAUAUAGGAAAAUGAUCGAAACCCUAGGCCAUACUUAAUCUUUGAUCUUUCUCGCCAAAUUAACAAACAAAAGUAAACAAAACAAAUAAUAAUAACAGCAGCAACACAGCAAAACGCCGGAAUGAUAUUAGUGAUGAAAAUUUUAUCUUGUUACAAAGACAAAAUAUGAUAAUAACGAUAUUGAUAGAGGGACGAAAGCUCCAAAAUAGAAUUUCGUAGAAAAUUCUGUAGAUAUUUAGGCUUUGCUCUAAUCUUCCCGAUCUAAUAAUAUGCCAAGUGAACGAGCUGCAGUCAGCUAGAAUGAUCCGGUGUUGAAAGCAUUUAUCGCGUUUAACCGCUUCCGUUAGCGUUAGCGUUAUCCUUCAAUUGUUUCACUCAGAAUAACUUUGCAACGUUCGAAAAUCAAACUUACUGAUCCAGGUAA